AUGAAUAACCUGGCCGAAGUGCUGAGACUGCAAGGCAAGUACGAGGAGACGGAGGAAAUGCAUGGACAGAUACUGGGGCUGAGAAAGCUGGUGAUGGGGCUCGAGCAUCCCGAUACACCGACGAGCAUGAACAACCUGGCGAAGGUGCUGAGGGAUCGAGCUGACCCGCACCUGCUGCUACGAGCGCCAAACGUACAGAAUGUUGAGGGUAAUACGCCACUGCAAUUAGCAGCAGCACAACAAGAAAUCAUGCCAGGAGAUCUCAGAGUCUGUCAGAAGCAUACCACGAUGAGUAUGCAGAUAAGCCAGCCGUAUCGCUGCGUACGAGCCUGCCAAAGCCCCAAAAGCUGCGAUGAUCUGGGUGCCAAGGCGUGGUCAAGAUGCGGUGCAGGAUACCACAACAUCCACACCCCCAUCUUGACCUCUCCUAAUUCCAUUUUCGCUUUAAGACCUGAGCACACGUGA